AUGACACUCCUUGUCGCCCAAAAGCAAAGACAACAAGCGCAAAAGGACCAGCAGGCCAAGGCUAACAAGCAGAAGGAACAGAACCAAUGGGCCAAGCAAAGGGCGAGUGCACCUUCGGCCGGCCCCUCAACCGGAGCUCCUGCGGUGGAAUUCGGAGGGUUUGGUGAUCUGUUGGGUAUGCACAACUUCACACCCACCGAAAAGGACAAGCCACUGCAGUCCAUGAAUGACCUGCGAGAAGUGGAAAUCAUGAAAAACGACGAGGACGGGACUUCGACAACUAGACUCCAGGUGGGUAAGUGGACCAAUGGAAAGACCGGAAACAUCCGAGCUCUGAUCUCCACUCUUCCGGAGAUUCUGUGGGAGGGAGUGGAGUGGGAGCCGAUUGGCAUUGACAAGAUGCUGAAACCCGUAGGCGUUAAACGCUCGUUCAUGAAGGCCUGCUUAGUGGUACACCCAGACAAGGUACAAGAUGGAGAGAAUGAGUAUUUAGCAAGUUUGAUCUUCGACGAAUUGAACAAAGCUUGGACAGCGUUCAAGGAGGCGGGUUCUCCCGGGUUGAUCUGAUUCGUUCGAAAGGAGUCACCCCUCGGCAUAAUUUUAGUGAAACAGACGCCCGAUUGAAAUUAUCGGCUUUUUUUGUGCAUGGCGUGGGCUUCGAAUAAAUAGAGAACUUAUAGUGAGGAAUGAUUAUAUCUUCAUAUUAUGACCAUUUGAAUUGGGCUACGAAUAAAUUAAAGAACUGAUAGUGAGAAAUGAUUAUCCCUUCGGAUUUCAACCACUUCGGUGACCUCUG